AAGCAAUUCAUCACCCAGCAGGAACUGCUCCUAUGUUAAUUGCUCUCUCUGGCAGUUCGGAGAGAGAUUUGCUGGGUGAGAGGCUUUAGCUCCCAGAGCUGGAGUUAUUGCCUCCAGCAUAAAAACUGUGGAUACCAGGUCUCUUUUUGCGAAGUUUCUGGAUAAAUGGCUGGGCAGGAGAGUUUUGCAGGCUGUGGCAUAGCUCAACCAAGUACUUAUUACUGGCACUGGCAAAGGGGGAAGCCCGUGUUCCAGCCCUGCCUGGGUUACCAAUCGGGCAGCUGGUUUGAGCAGCAGCACAGCGGUUACUCCCUCUCUGGCUAUGACUUCGGCUGUGCAGCAGAGAGAGAUGGACACAACCUUGCUGUGCGUGAGACCUCCGGACGCCCAACUGCAAGUCUGGUCACACCUAAGGAAAGCACGGCUCUGGCAGAAAAGCAAGAUGAAAACCCACUGGAAGAUCCAGAUCUUCAUUUGAAUAUUGAAGAACUGAACAAGGAGUUUAUGGUGAAAAGCGAGGAACUCUAUGACUCUCUCAUGAGUUGCCACUGGCAGCCUUUGGAUACGGUUCAUUCUAAAAUCCCAGAUGAGACCCCCAAAGAAGCAUGAUGCUCAUUAAGCUACCCAGCUGUCAGAUCAAUUGCAUCUUGUUUUGUUGGGGUUUUUGUUUGUUUGUUUGCUUUUGUUUUUGUUUUGCUAAGACAAAAAGAAUUCUGCCAGGAAUGUACUCGAUGCUAUACGUAAAUACAAAUCUCCAGGACUUAAAUGUGACUGACGUGAUAGAACGUAAUGUAAAUAAACUUUACCAGCACGUCCA